AAUCACUGAGUAAACAAGGUCGUACCGGUACCGACAUCACUCAGGGUUCGUGUCCGUACCUUGUUGGCUCAGGGUUUGUAGGAACCAAGUAAGGUCCAAGCGAUAACAGGGUACCAAUGAACCCUACUUGAUGUGUGAAGCACUUCGCCACCGACCGCAAAGAUCUUGGAAUUUCAAAUGGGCUUAUCAGAUACAAUUUUCCGAAUGAUGAAGGGUCAUCAUCAUCCCGGUAGUGGAAUUCUUCCCAAACUACUUAGAGGCCAAGUAAAUAGUUCUUCGUAACCCUUUGAUUUUCCUCUGAGCACCGACUUUGAGCUAAAUUCAUAUAGAUAUCGCUAUCCUCGACCCGGCAUUGACAUGUCCUUGUCGUGCCGUCAGUUACUUCCCUUGCUUGCACUCUCGUCUUCUGCACUUGCGGGUGUACAGGAGCUUUGGUGGAACGUCACCUACGUUCAAGACGCAAAUCCAGACGGCCUCUUUGAACGCCGUGUCAUCGGUGUUAACGGAACUUGGCCACCUCCACCAAUUGAGGUAUCCACGACAGAUUCAUUGCUUGUGCAUGUAACGAACAGCAUCGAUCAACUUACAACACUACACCACCAUGGCAUGUACUUCAACGCAACAUCCUGGAUGGACGGAGCAAUGGGUGUGUCACAAUGUGGCAUACCCCCAGGCGACACGUUUGACUACGUUGUACCCAUCAACUCCUCCGGCCAAGUCGGAACAUACUGGGCGCAUGGUCAUGCAAACGGAAUAUAUGUAGAUGGCUUGCGCACGCCUCUCUUGCUACAUUCUCCAAAUGAAACUUAUGGCGCCGAUUACGAUGCCGAGUUCACUAUUUUGCUGAGUGACUGGUACCAUGAAGAGCAGCCUGUCCUCUCGGCAGCCUUCAUCAACAUAGCAAAUCCAGCGGGGGCGGAACCUAUUCCUGAUUCUGCCCUCAUAUAUUUCUCCCAAAAUGGUUCCUACCUACCACCAAUCCCGGGGAGUAACCCAUCCCCGGUAACAAGCGCGGUGGGUUUCAACGAGAACGCGACCCUUCCGUUCGAGCCCGGUAAAACGUACAGACUGCGUAUAAUCAACUUUGGCGCGUUCGCGGGGUUCUACUUCUGGAUCGACGGGCAUGAAAUGCAAAUUAUUGAAGCUGACGGUACGGACACACAGGAGCAGUCCGUCGAUAUGCUGAGUGUGUCAGUGGCGCAGCGUUACUCUGUGCUUGUCACCGCGAGGAACGAUACUACGUCGUCAAAUUGGGCCAUCCAUGCGAACAUGGAUACAACCAUGUUCGACACGGUUCCCAGUAAUCUAAAUCCAAAUCUCACCUCCUCCAUCACGUACUCCACCUCUGCUAACCUCACUAAUCUGUCCCCCGUGUCCUCCUAUAUCACGACAAACGACAGCGCUCUGGUUCCCAUCGAUAUUGUGCCUGCGCUCUCCCCAACAAAUACGCUUCAGCUUGCGUUCAACUUCGAGACGAUGGACGAUGGGACAAAUCAUGCGUUCAUCAACGAUGUGGUUUACAAUUCGCCAGUGGUACCUGCGAUCAUGAGCGCACUGAGCCUGGGCGAAAAUGCUACUAGCCUAGAGGCAUACGGGCCGUACAGCUUCGUUAUCAACUACGGAGACGUAAUCGACCUUGUGGUGCAGAACGGCGAUACAGGGAAGCAUCCCUUCCAUUUGCACGGAUAUAAGGUGCAGAUUGUCAAUAGAGCGACACAGUAUAACUCCACCGAUCCGUCAUUGAACCCACCACUUAUCGAAGGGCAAGCAAACCCGAUGCGUCGUGACACUGUAACCAUCACUGGCGGAGGUUCCGUCACGCUCCGCUUCGUCGCUAAUAACCCCGGCGCAUGGAUUUUUCACUGUCACAUCGAAUGGCACCUUGAAUCGGGCCUUGCGGUCCAGCUCAUAACAGCUCCGCUCCAGAUACAAGAACAGGCACUGGGCCGCGUACCGGCGUUUAUGUACGAACAAUGCUCUGCACUUGGGGUUCCCUCGAGCGGCAACGCUGCAGGACACGCCAGCCCAACUGACUUGUCGGGCCUCCCGCUUGGCCCGGCCUUCCAGGUGCUCGGUUGGCUGCCUAAAGGCAUCGGGGCAAUGGCUGGAUGUGUGUUGACAGCCAUCAUUGGCAUCCUUACUGUUGUAUGGUAUUCGGCUAUGGGAGGUACUAUCUCUGAGGAGGAGAUAGAGGAGCUGGUGCGUCAGCGCAUCGAGGAAAAGGAACGCAAAGGAAAGUUCUUUGGUCUGUUCAAGAAAAAGACUUGAAUAUCCGCGCCAUUUGUCCAUUAUCCUCGGCCCUGGGUAACUAAGGCCCCGCCAUGUUUCUCUCGCUUUUUUGUAUUAUUCGUGUACGAUAUUGACAUGCUUGUUAAGUGGAAUCCAUGUUCUACCAAUGUACUAACUUUGGUACGUGGCUAUAUUGUAUUUCACUUACACUGCAACAAACAAGAAGAAUUGAUCUUUGCAUCCCCUGUUCA